AUGACGGAUGCUUCUACUAUUAUUGUCAUUGGCGUAAUAGUAGGCAUACUGUCGUCGGCCACACAAUCCCUCGGGCUGACUUUGCAGCGAAAAGCCAGCGUGACACAUUUGGCACACGAGGACUGUACUAAUAAAUCGCUGUAUCGAAGUUCUACGUGGCAGUUGGGACUAGCACUCUUCUUAUUGUCGAAUAUCGUUGGAAGCACUGUUCAAAUUGCAACGCUGCCACUGAUAGUGUUGGCUCCCCUACAAAGCUGUGGGCUUUUAUUUAAUUCGUUGGCUGCACAUUAUUUACUCAAAGAGCGCUCCUCGUGGCGCACUCCGUUGGCUACACUUUCAAUUGUGCUGGGCGGCAUGGUUAUAGGUGUCGUGGGUGUCACCUCUUCCAAUUCUCACUCAAUAACCCACUCACUACCAGAACUGUGGAAAUUGGCACAUGAGCCGCUCUUCUUGCGCUGGUUCACGUCCACCAACAUUCUAGUUGUGCUACUGCUAGUAUGCACCUGGUAUAACAGGCGCAGCUUACCCACAGUGCUGAAAGGGAUCAUCUACGGCUGUUGCAGCGGGACCUGGUCAGCACAUUCACUUCUCAUGGCUAAAUCAGUAUCUGAUAUUGUUACGCAUGCACUCAUACACACUACGGGGGACCUGAAAAACCUCAAAUUCUGGAUUUUAGUUUCCAUUUUCGUUUCUCUGUCUCUCACACAGCUCUUUCUGCUUAAUACUGGCCUGCGACACUUGUCCACCUCUAUCCUAUAUCCGUUGGUAUUCUGCAUUUAUAAUCUGGUCAACAUCUUCAAUGGAAUUGUGUUUUUUCAUGACGAGAACGCGCCCUUGUCGCGUAUACUAAUUGUUAUCCUUCCAGGAGCAAUGAGUUUAAUCGCCGGCGUCGUGCUUCUCUCUUGGGACCAAUACAUCGUGGCGCAGCACGAAGAAUCCGCAAGCCUGCAAGACUCACCGCACCGAACAAGCAUGCUAUCUUACACAAGCUUACGGCCUAAGAGUGUAGACCUCUCGGCCUUGCAAGCCUCGAACGCGUCUACUGAAGAAUCUAACCCAUUUUACGUUUCUUUGCCACAAGCCUCCAAGAGGGACAAAUACAGUUCAAUAACGUCUUCCCAACGUAGCGGCAGAAGAAUCCUUUCUUAUGAACAGGAAGGGAUUCUCACGCAAAUGGUAUGA